AUGGCUGAGGCCACCCUCCAUAACGCCCCCAUUGUCAUCGACAAUGGCAGCGGGACCAUCCGCGCCGGUUUCGCCGGAGAAGAGAUCCCCUCCUGCUACUUCCCCUCGUUCGUCGGUCGGCCCAAACACCCGCGGGUGAUGGCCGGCGGUUUAGAAGGCGACGUCUUCAUCGGCCAGCGGGCGCAGGAGCUGCGCGGGCUGCUCAAGAUCCGGUAUCCGCUGGAACACGGCAUCGUGACGGACUGGGACGACAUGGAGAAGAUCUGGCACUACGUGUACGAGAACGAGCUGAAGACGCUGCCGGAGGAACACCCCGUGCUCUUGACCGAGCCGCCGCUGAACCCGCGCAAGAACCGCGACACCGCCGCCCAGAUCAUGUUCGAGACCUUCAACGUGCCCGCCCUGUACACGUCCAUCCAGGCCGUGCUGUCGCUGUACGCGUCCGGCCGCACCACCGGUGUCGUCCUGGACUCCGGCGACGGCGUGUCCCAUGCCGUCCCCGUGUUCGAGGGCUUCGCCAUACCCAACAGUAUUCGGAGGAUUGAUGUCGCCGGGCGCGACGUCACGGAGCAGCUGCAGGUGCUGCUGCGGAAGAACGGCCAUGUGCUGCACACCAGUGCCGAGAAGGAGGUGGUGCGCAUGAUUAAGGAGAAGGUCUGCUACGUGUCGUUGGAUCCCAAGCGGGAGGAGAAGGAUUGGAUGAACAGCUACCACAAGUCGGAGACGAAGCUGGUGGAUUACGCCUUGCCGGAUGGACAUAAGAUUAAGAUCGGACAAGAACGUUACCGCGCUCCGGAAAUCCUCUUCGACCCCGAACUGAUCGGCUUGGAGUAUCCCGGCGUCCACCAAAUCGUUCAAGACGCUAUCACCCGGACGGACCUGGAUCUGCGCAAAUCCUUGUACCUCAACAUCGUUCUCUCGGGAGGAUCGACCCUCUGCAAGAAUUUCCCGGACCGACUGAUGCGCGAGAUCAAGCGGUUAGCGGUGGAAGACAUGAAGAUCCGGAUCUCCGCUCCUGCAGAGCGAAAGUACACCACCUGGAUCGGUGGAGGCAUUCUUGCCGGACUGAGUACAUUCCGCAAGAUGUGGGUUAGCGCAGACGAAUGGCACGAAGACCCCGAAAUCAUUCACCGGAAAUUCGCCUAA